ACUGUUACCAGGACAAAGUCCUGCAUUUAUUACACCCCCUGGAUUCAUGCUAAGUUAAUAUAUAAUCUUAGGGAUUCUGUAGAUGGGUUAUAAAUAAACCACAUCAUUAAAAAGGCUUCUUUCUGUAGCAGUUACCCCUGGGCAGUUUGAUUAGCUUUCUACCAUGUCUGUAAGUCAAUUUUAUGUUAUUAAUCUGUAUUUUUUUUUAUGUGUUAUCUGUCUGUACAACUAAAAGGUUUGCAAUAGAUUUUACACACGGUGGAAAGUGCUUCAAAGAUUCAAAUAAUUAAAAGGAUGAUACAAAUAUUGCUCUCUUAAGCUUUGGUACUAGGCUUUUAAUUGUACAUAUGCAUAUAGUAUAUAUUGCAUUCACGUUGUAUAUAUGUAAAUCCUUGUUUUUGUAGAGUAAAUGUCAAAGCUUUAUGAAUUAUUUAAAACACCUUUUAGAACUCUGUAUAAUUCAAUCGGCAUUAUGGUGCAAAUUAGCUUGUUUGAAGACAAGGAAGGUAGAUAUAAAAGUGUUUUCGUAAGAACCAUGGAGUAAUUAUGACACAAUUAGUGCCUGCACUGAUAUAUAACAUAAUUAGCAUCAGACAACUGUUCUAGUUGCAACAAAAUAGAAAAGUGAUUAUUAUGACAACGUAUAAAAAUAUGUGCAAAAAUACACUUUUCUUUAGAAUACGUUAUAGUACUGCAAUUUAUACAUAGUCUCCUUAGGUUGAAUAAACUAAAACAUGGCAAAGUCAGUUCAUCACGCAAUGUAAACGUUGCAGGUCAUAGGUUUCCCCAAGUUUACCUGACUUUUAACUGAAUUAGUAGGAGCAAUUCAUUCCACUUUUGGAAAGUGCUCUAGGCAUGGCAGCUGAUUUAUUUUUAGUUUUAUUAUCUAAAUAAUAAGAUUUUUUUAAUUAGCAAUUUUAAAAAUACUAAGGGUUGGAAGUUAGUUAAGAAAAGUCGGAAAUCCACCCUAACCACUGUAUAAACCAUUCAGUGUUUCAGUCGUUUUGUUUUCCUGUUCUUUUUCCAUUCACAGACCAUCACAUUGCUCUCAUGUAGCCUGUUUUUUAAAAAAUUUAUUUGACUCAAGCUUCCCGUCUCCACCUGUCCAUGGCUUAGUUCAGGACAAAUUGGCAGAUUAAAACCUACAUUAGAUUAUUUAAAUUACAAUCUCAGCUAUAUUUCCAAAUCUGGUAUGUUGAUUUGCAGAUAGCAUUUUCUUUCAGUUAAUAACAAUAUGCAGCUCAGUGAGUAAACCCUGCAUUUCUGUACCAGUUUUGCCAUUUCAGAACAGAUACUGUUCUCCUUCUGACUACUCUAGUAUAACAAAAAAGUUUUGGGCACACCAAGUAGUUUCUUCAGCAGCUUUAUUGUGGAGUACAAACAUUUAGACAAUGUUUCGGCUCCCCUGAGGCUUUGUCAAGUCUCCUUCUGACUACUGUCCUGGGAGUUGGUGUUAAUAGCAUCAAUACAUAAAAUCACAUUGCUUUUCCACUCUUCACAAUUAAGUCAUAACACUUACCAACUUAUUUUGCAUUAUUUAGACAAUUUAAUUUCAAAAUGUCGCGCACUAGUAAAUAAGACAAAUAAAAUCACUUUUAUUUCUGUUUACACAGAAACAAAAACAUGACAAAUAGUCUUGCAUAACAUAAAAAAAAUCAAGUAAUCAAUUAAGUAAUCAAUUAAGUGUAUGCCUACCAGAGAGCAGACAUUCCGUCUCACCGAUACUAUCUCCAAUGUUUUGGCAUUUUCCAAUGCCAUUCUUAAGGGACAAGUGCUUCCUACAAUCUGUAUUUUCCAUUAUUUACACAUAUUGAGUGGUUUUGGAAGCCAUGUUUGAAUAUUAAAUUCUUCAGAGGUUAAUAGGACUUUGCAAAUCCUUAAAAUAUCAGUAAACAUCUAGUAAAGUGAAUGGAUGUUGUAUAUGAAUUUCUUCUCUGAAGUUAUCUUUACUAACUGUGAUAAUUUAAGACACUGAGCCUCUCUUUGAUCCCUUUACGUUACCUACACCAUUGAUUUCCAAACCCCAGUCGUGGAGUAACACCACAGUGCAAAUAUCAUCAGAUAUAUUUACAUAAUUAUGCAACAUGAUAACAGCUGAGAACAGGUGACUAGGUAUUACUUAUCUUUAAAAUUUGAUCAGGAUGAUAAUUAUGUUUCUCAACAGCCAAUCACAUAAAGACACAUCAGUUUUCAGAAAUAAUAAAUGUAACUUCUAAAAAAUGGCCGCACCCUUCUUAUCAGUAUACGUGGCAACAAUUGUAGUCAAACAAUAAAGAGAGGAUAAUGCCUUUAGGUCAACUGUUAGGACAAGAACAAGUAUUUGUCAUUAUCCACAAGCUGUUUUACAACGCGAGAACUAAAUUUAGAACAUUUACUCAUUGGUUACACUCCUCAAUCUAUAAUGCAAUAUAAAAUGAAUUUUGUAGUAGCUGAAAUUUGAAAAAAUAAAUCCAUAGAACAUAGAGAAACAACCAUCAGUGUGUGCACUGAUACCUUAUUUAGUCAGAUUAAAUAGUUUUGUAAGAAAAAAAUUUGUAUAUUGCUCAAAUCUCACAUGGCUGUGGCUGAAAAGCAAAAUACGGAAAACAGUCAAAUAAUGUUGGCCAUUCUUUGGAAACUUUACUUCACUUAAAGACAUGCAACUUUGGAGUGGACUCUAGGAAGAGAGUGGGGACAUUUUCCUUUGUUUGGUGGAUGGUUAUUCUUGUCGCGUAAAUUGGGCCCUCCUAGUUGUCAUGUAGUGCCCUCACAGAACAUUGCAUCUCUUUAAAAUGUGCAUACCUCACUUGAGUGCUAUAGAAAAUAAUGAUUUAAUUGUUUAAAGAUCAAGUUUAUAUGUUGAUUAAAUUCCUUAUGUCGGAGCUGGUUUUGGAAGUGUUCAAAGGAAGAGGAAGUUGCUGGUCAUAUAUUUUCUUUCCAAUUGUUUGCACAUGGGAUUUUGUGAUCAGGAGGUAAAGAAGCAAAAUUUUGAGGUCUAUAUCAUUCUUGUCACUUUUUUUCCUGUGAACAAUUCAGUGUUCACAGUCAGUACACAAAGUCUCAAUGCAACACAUAUGAUCAAGUCUCUCCUUUUUUUGUCACGCAGGAAAAAUUUGAGAUUGUGAACUUGGAGCUGAAGUCUGGGGAGUCUUUGAAGAUUAAAGGACAACUCCCAGGAGAUGCUAGGAGGUGAGUUUACUGAGGCACGGCGUGCGUCGGGUCAUUGCCACAUUAUUUCAUCAAACAAUGAAAAUCAAAGUCAGUCUACCCUCCUGUUAGAGAUAACAAUUCUAAGGGAAAAAUGUGCUCGCUGGCAAAGUGUGUCCAUAAAAUUCUGGGCAUGGCCUAUUUAUAGUUAGAAAACAGACUAUGGAUUUGUGCGGUUUUUUUUUUUUUUUUUUUUUAUUGAUUAUAAACACUUGCUAGUACAAAUAUUUUAGUUAGCAAUAAUGGACAACAUACAUUUUAUACUUUUUGAUAAGCUUUUUAAUUUAAUACUUUUGGACAAACUUUUAAAAUAUAUAUACUAGUAUCUUUUGUUUUUAUUAUAUAAUUUUGAUAUUUUAAUAUAUAUAUAUAUAUUUUAAUAUUUGUAGAAGUUUAGCCAAACACAUUAAUACCUUUUGAAAAUCGUAUCCAAAAAUAUUAAAUCAAAGCCAUAGUAGGUAUAGGCCUUCACAACUCAGUGAAGAGUGCAUUUACCAUCCUGCAGAAACACCCAUCACUCUCAGGCCUCACUUCACAAUCAACUCAGUGAAGACUGCAUUUACCAUCCUGUAGAAACACCCAUCACUCUCAGGCCUCACUUCACAAUCAACUCAGUGAAGACUGCAUUUUUUUUCCCACCCACCCAGGCUCCCCUUAAAUAUAUAGCAUGCUCCUCCAGCUGUUUGAGAUUCUCUCCCAAUUACCUCUUCAUUCCUCUAACAUCUUAACAAUAGCUGCUUCUCUGUUAACUCUUUCAGCCAUCACCUCCAAACUUCCCCUGCUACCUCUUGUCUCAAAUCCCCCUGGUAUCCUUUAGAUUGUAAGCUCACGGGCCAUCUAGCUAAGCACUUUGUAUAAAAGAGCUCCAAUGGCUAGAUAUCAGCUUACGGGCAGGACUCUCUUACCUCUUGUAUUUGUUUGUGUAUAUUGUACGUUUCUCAACUAAUUGUACAGCGCUGCGGAAUCUGUGUGCGCUUUAUAAAUAGCAAUAAUAAAUAAAUAAAUAAAUAAAUAAAUAAUGUGUGCUAUAAACCUUAAAAAUAACUAUUAUCACUGUUGCAUAAAGCAUAUUGUGCUAACAUUUCUUUUGUAUUUUUUUUUUUUUUUUUUUUAAGAAAUGUGAAAUUAUAGCUAGCAUUGAAAUCAGGUACUAGUAGCUGGCCCUAAAGUGUGUCCAACAUAUACAUAGCCAGCCUCAAUGGGAAUCCAACAUGCAAAUAACUGGCUGGCCUAAAGGCGGUGGAAAGUAUUAAAAGGCAGCACAUGUAUUACAAAUCAUAAAGCUUUAGAAGUGCUCAUUAGGCCCCAACACCACCAGGCCUCUAGUCCCUUUGGAUUUGGCUAAGGCUAAGCUAACCCUUUUAUUCUAUUGCUGCACCUGGCUAGUGAUUCUGCCUUUAAUUAAUGUUAUCAUCUUUUAUAUCCCAUCCAAUCAUUUCCCUUUUCCUUAAAGGGACACUAUAGCGUUAGAAAUACAUAUCUAUAUUCCUAACGCUAUAUACUCCCUGUCCCUAACUAAUUACAGGAUCCCAUGAUGUGUACUGAUAUUUAAAAAAUAUAUAUUUUACUCACCUUCUCUCAAGUGUGAGUCUCAUUUGACACUGCUGCCCACUCCUUACUUGACAUCAUCCUGGAUGCAUGCCUCUAAGCGGGGCAUGCUCGCCGCGAUUCUCCAAUGAUUCUGUCACAGAAAAUCAUUAAAUGCAAUGUUUCUCUGUGACAAAUUGCAACGGUACAACACACGUGCAUGUGACGCCAUGCUCUGCCUGGCUACUUCCAAGUCUUCUAACGACUAUAAUAAAACAUUUUGGUGGCAAUUUCAACAGGGAAACUACUGCAGGAACUGUAACAACUUCAAUAAGAUGAAGUUGAAAUAGUGAGUACCAUGUUCCUUUAAAAUUUUGAUUUGUCCAGUUAUUUUAUAUUGCUUUGUAAUACCUUUCCCAUCUAUUUUAAUAUAGACUACUCCUUACUCUCUCUCUCUGUCCUUCUGUAGAGAAACACUGGAUGGAGAUGCCCAGCCUGGAAAUUACACAUCCUUUGAUUGGUAUAGCGCAGGGAAGCAUUGAAUCUAAAGAUCAUUAGCAUAUAGCAAAUCCAUCCCAAGGUUGCAGCUUCAUUAGAAUUAUUUGAUAGCUAGGAGUGAUCAACAUUGAUUUCACCCACAUUCCGUUUAAGACCUCCCCAACUGUUUGAGUGUCAGAAAUCCUGUCAAACAAUCGUCUGAUUUCAAUAGAAUCCCUGGCAUGCUGUGUUUUCUGUUUCCAACUACAUGAGCAAACACACUAAAACAUUUAAGUAUAAUACAUUUAUUCAGCUUCCCAAGCAAUCUAAAUGGAAGAUACUCUAGGAGAUUCCUAGAUUUAAUGCAGAGACAACUACAAAAUUGGUUAGACUGUCCUCAAGCCUGUACAAUUAGUGAAACAUUGUGAGAGGUGACAUUUAUUUAUGGACUUGUGUUGUUAAAUCUGGUUCCUGUCUGUGCCCAUGUCAGGAAAUUAUCCUGAUUUCUGUUUUACUCCUUCUUUUGUAGCUUCUCUUUUAACAUUGGUCGCAACUCAAGUGAUGUAGGCCUGCACUUUAAUCCUCGCUUAAGUGAGAAUACCAUUGUGUGCAACUCCAAACGCAGCAACAACUGGGAGUCAGAGCAGAGGUCAGGGCAUAUGUGCUUCACCCCAGGGUCGGAUGUCAAGGUGAGUUUUGGCAGAAUGCAGAGGUCAAGAUAUAUUUGGUUUGCCCACUUAAUUCAAAUGUCAUAGAGAGGGUUUUGGGAUUUCAGAGGUCAUGGCACGUGUGCUUUUCCCAAGGGACAGAUGUUGUAUAGAGUAUUAAUAGAUUACAGAAUUCAGCACACAAUCUUCACAUCAGUGUCAUUUAUGGAAAAUUAUUAUUAAUAGAUUAAUUUUCACCAGAAUAGUAAACUGUGUGGUAAUGAUUUUCUUAAUGGGUUGGUUUUUCCCAGAAAAGGGAUAUAAAUAAUGGUCACUUAGUACCUUAGUUAUCAUCAGUCAAAAUCCUCUGUGUCAUUAACAGUGCAAUAUCAUAUUGUGGACACCUCUAAUUGUCUAGAGCAGUGUUUCUCAACCUUUUACAUAGACGUACCCCUGCUGGUAUAAAAUAUUGAUAAGUACCCCUGACUUGAGAAAGUAAUUUCUAUUGAUUUAAAUUCCAACGGAAACAUGUAGACAUUGCUAUUUAAGUUACGCCAAUAUUGGAGAACAAGCCUGGCUAAACGUAGUAAAGAAUGUUUCUGAAAUAAAUAUGACAUAAUGUGAGUAUUGUGUAUGUAAAGAGAAGUAUGUGAAUUAUUAAUCUGAAGUAUAAAAGUUACAACAUGAAAAUAGAAUGCAUACUUAAUGGUUACAAAGAGGACAACGAUACACACGCACAUACAUUUACUCACAGAGGAAUCUGACACACACACACUUACACACAAACUGUCAGACACACUCACUGACACACAUUCUCACAGAUUGGACACACACACAGACUGACGCACAUUCACUGACAUACAUACAAUCUCACUGAUUUGACUUUCACUGACAGACACAUAUACUCUCAUGGACAGAUACAUUCUUUCACAUGCACUCAUAAAUUAUUAUUUUGUUCAUAUUUUUGUUUAAGUCCACCCAGCCUCCUUACCUUUGGGGGAGCUGGAGGGGAUCCUUUCUCUGGGGUUCAGUGUAAGGCUUGUGUAAUUUUCCUGCUCUUCCAGCACUCCUCCAUCAUGCUCUGUUUAGUGAUGCCGGGGGCAGAGUGACAUCAUCGGGUCCUGGCAUCACCGCAGGGUGCACAAGGAAACAGUACUGGAAGACGUACACCCUGCCUAUGGUAUGCGUACCAUGGAUUGAGAAACUAGGGCCUAGAGGGAUGUGACAAGGGAUGUGGUAUUCCAUUACUCCUUAGUAACUGUGAUGGCCCAAGUCUGGUACCCUCUGUGAUAAAUGAGGGAGGAUAUCAGAAACCUCCUCAAAAAGAGAUCUCAAUCUCUUAUCCCUUGGAUUUUUGCAGAUCCUGUCAUUUAGCCUACAUAAUAAAGGGCUGUGUAAUGCACAGUACCCUAGAAAAAAAAAUGUGUAGUGUGACUAUAGAAUUGGAUUUAAUUGAAAAAUAUAUAAACUGUAAUAAUUUUGUAUCUCUAUAUCUAUGCUGUAUCUCUGUCUGGUUAUCUGAUUGUUGUAUCUCGCCAUUACUGACCAUUUCUUGUAAACUUAUUUUACUUAUUCUCCCUAUAUUGUUAAUCUUCAUCUUUUUUUUUUUUUUUGGUUAGCUUAGCAUUCUUUUUCCUAUUUUUUUUUUUUAUUUUGCAGAUCUCAGUCAAAUUAAAUGGGGACAAGUUUGAAGUGAAACUUCCUGACGGCCACGAGAUCACUUUCCCAAACCGCCAUGGUUAUGACAAGCUAACUUAUUUGUCUGUCAAAGGUGACUUCAAAGUCACAUCUUUUAAAUAUGAGUAAAUGGUUUGGUGAUACUGAAAAUGUUUUAUGUAUCAAAUGCUUCAUGAAGUCUUCAAAUAAAUAUGUUUCCUGCAAAAGAUUUGAUAAAUUGGUCUCCUCUUGAACUUAAGUAUAUUAUCGAAAGGA